AUGUAUUGGAGACAUGGAUCAUUUUUUCCUAUAAAACGACGAAUAUCACGUACAAUGGUUGAAUCUGGUGUUUCUAUCAAUUCUUUUAAUCCACCUCAUCUAGACUUUUUCUUUAAUCUUACGAAUACUCAGUUGAAUAGUAUAUCAAUUAUCUCUAAUAAUGUCAAUCUUCUACAAGUAUCACCACUAUCCGAAAUAUCGAUUGUCCCUGUAAACUUCUCCGAUGGAUAUCAUCAUUUAGAUAUUUUAAUGCUUGAUGAUAUACACGAUAUCGAAUUUUAUCAACAAAUUGAUAUUUCAACUGGUAGUCAAACUUUACGUGUAACUAUUCUAAAUGAAGAUCAUGAACCAGUUAAAAAUAUAUCAGUUCAUUUAGAACUAUCUAUUUACUCACAUAUCACUGCUCAACAGUAUACGAAUCAAAUCGGUGAAGUUACUUUUAAUUAUUUAUCACGAAAUUCUCAAGUAUAUGUUGAAGCAAUUUCUAUGGCUACAAAACGUUAUGCAUUCAGUGGGCUAAAUACUUUAAAAUAUCAAAAUAUAACUUUGAUAUUAGAAGAAAUGAAUUCAACACAUUACGAUGAGUAUCUUAUAAAUAGAUAA